CUCCAUAGCCCUCUAAUUCCAUCUCCCUCCAAGCCUAGCUGUAUCCUUUUGUUGUUUGAUGGCGAAAGAGAAGCUUAAAUCCCUAAUUACAGCUUUCAACCCUGAUGGUAGCUACCUUGCUAUUCUAUCGCCGGAUGGAACCGUUAAGGUGUGGAACACCAGUAAUGGGAGUAAAUUCGCAGAGUGGAGAGAGAUAGAUGAUAUUGCCAAUGUUAGUUUUUCAUGUAUGGCUUGCAGCUUUGUUGGCAAGAUGCGCAGAAAAGAGCGAGGCACUUGCUUAGUAGCCGUCGGCACAAAUAGCGGUGACCUUUCUGUGGUUAAUAUUUCAGUUGGUCAAGUUAUGUGGAAAUCUAGUGGCCGUUACCCUGGUGGAAUUGCUAGUCUUACUUUUAGAAGUAAGGGAAGUAGAAUUCAUGCUAUUGGAAAUUGUGGCCUGGCGUCUGAAAUCAUCUCUGAAACUGGAGAACUUGCUAGAGAGUUCAAAAUCACUAAAAAAUCUAUGGUAUCAGCUGCAUAUAUAUCUGAUGAUAAAAUCACUGCUGCAAUUGGUCAGAAGAUAAGAAUUUUAAGUCUGGAUGACGGGAGAGAAGUACUGAAGCUUUCAUCUAAUUGGGAUCAGCUGCGAUGCAUUUCCAGUUGUGAUGAUGCCAAGUUCAUAGUUGCAUCUGGAGUAGGCAAGAAAAGCAUCCAAGUAUGGAGGUGCAACUUUGGUGAAGGGGACGUUACUAAUGGUCUUAUUCUUUCCCUGAAACAUCGUCCCCUGACUAUCGAAUGCAAGAAUGGCUGUGAUGGGGAAGAUAGUUUGAUAGUCCUCUCAGUUUCUGAGGCCGGUAUGGCUUAUUUGUGGAACAUGAGAUCUGUCUCUGAUGAUGUGAAUCCAUCUAAAAUUUCUGUCAAAGGCAAUAUGGAAGAAGCAGAUUCCCUCAAAAAGCAUUGUGUAUCCAUAAUUGCUGCUAGAAUACAUGCUCUGGAGACAACAGGACAAGUAAAAGCUCUCAUUUCAUUUGGUUCCGUAGAUUCCCCACAAUUUUCGGUUGUAGACAUUCCUGGACCAGGUCAGGAUGUUGUCAUAACUGCCGCAAAUAUUGAUAUGCAAGAAAAUGGGAUUCAGGGUGAUGAAGGUGUAUCAAAGCAAAAAGAAAAGCCAAAAAAGAAGCGUGCUGCAUCCGAUAUUGAGACUGCAAGCAGAGUAGCUUUAAUUGAUAAUGGUUAUGGAGAUCGAAAGGAUGGUAUUCAAAUUGAUGAUGACUUAAAUGAGCCAACAAUGGGCGAGAAACUUGCAAAUCUUAAUUUACUAGAGAUGGAUGAAGCUAAGAGCAAUAAGAAUAUUGAGUCCUCCCCUCGCACAAAGCCUCCAAGUGCUGAUUCAGUUUAUAUUCUGCUUAAGCAAGCACUGCAUGCUGAUGAUCGAGCACUUCUAGUAGAUUGUUUAUUUAGACAAGAUGAAAAGGUCAUUGCAAAUUCAGUGUCACUGUUGAAUCCAUCGGAUGUUCUUAAGCUUUUGCAGUCCCUUGUACGUAUAAUCGAGUCUAGGGGGGCUGUCCUGGUUUGUGCUCUUUCAUGGCUGAGAAGUUUACUACUACAACAUGCAAGCGGAAUAAUGUCCCAAGAAUCUUCUUUACUUGCCUUGAACACUUUAUAUCAGCUCAUAGAAUCUAGAGUUUCAACUUUCAAUCAAGCUCUUCAACUAUCCAGUAGCUUGGACUUACUUUAUGCAGGAAUUGUUGACGAGGGCGAAGAAGAAAAUGAAACCAUAACACCGGCAUUUUUCGAGGACAACAGCGAUGAGGAUACGACUGGAGAUGCCAUGGAAACAGAAAGUGAUGAGAAUGGCGAAGAACCAGAAAAAUCUUGGUGACAUCAGUGACUUCGAAGCCAUGGAGUAAGUAAGCGCAUAGGUUCUGUAUAGGUGCUGCAAAAUGGAUGGUGUUCUUUCUGAAGCCUUUUGAAGGGCUUGGAAGUGGAUAUUUGUAAAAGAACGUGAUUUGCUCAAGUAGCCAUCAACCCAGGCGAGACGCUAGGCCUUGCCCAAGCACUAAGCACGGGGCCGUUUACGACCUGGAAGAAAAUUGUUUGGCUUAUCCCACGAGACCACCAAUUCAGCGGAAACGGGUUUCGCACAAGCUGAGUAGUUAUUGUGAAGAAUUUUAAGAAAGCGUAUCCUUAAGCAAGCAAAUACUCUUUUACGCUAAUCAUGUAACGGUAUGGUCGUUGUAAUUGCCACCAACGGGUCCUGAGUUGGACAUAAAAUACUUAGAUAUCUGAGGCGAGAACUGAAAGAGGGCCUUUUUCCUGAUCCCAUUCCAAAGGUUUUGGUUUGCUAGAUCUUAAAACACUAGGACUGGGGAAUUUUGUUUUGCUUUGCUAGGGUUU